CUUUCCAGCUACCCACUUCAAAUUUCUUAAAUCAAAAUUUAUUUAGUCGUAACUUUUGACUUUUGUUCAUUUAAUGCACCGCCUGGUGGUGGUAUCGGGCUCAUCGCAUUGCAAUUUUGCCGAUGUGGUGGCCGAGAGCUUGGGGCUCCACUUGCAUCCAGUAUUGCGAUCGAAAUUUCCUAAUGGUGAAAUACGUUUCGAGCUGCUCGAGUCGGUACGUGGAGCGGAUGUCUAUAUAGUUCAGACCAGCUGCGAGCCGAUAAACGACAUGCUGAUGGAGCUUCUGGUUAUGGUGCAGACGUGUCGCUAUGCAUCGGCCAAGACGAUUACGGCAGUGAUGCCACUGUUUCCAUACUCCAGGCAAGAUAAAAUGGAUUCGUGGAAGCAGCCCAUAACGGCCAAGCUGGUGGCCAAUAUGCUCUCUGUGGCUGGGGUUAAUCGUGUCCUCACCAUGCAACUGCACACCCAACAGCUUCAGGGAUUCUUUGAUAUACCUUGCGACAAUCUGCAAUCCGAUAUUGCCAUCGAAUCAUGGAUAAAGCGAUUUAUACCAGACUACACAGAGCUCGUAAUUGUGGGUGCAGACAAAGGAGCAGUGAAAACCGCAACCCAUAUCAGCCAGAAACUUGGCACUCACGUGGCUCUGUUCCAUAAGCACAGACGAGAGGCCAGCGAGGUGCAUGACAUGAUACUGGUUGGAAACGUUCGUGGCAAGGUCGUUGUGGUUAUAGACGAUCAAGUAGACACAAGUAAUACCCUUUGCCUAGCCGCUGAACGUCUGAGGGAGGCUGGAGCUUCGAGCAUCUACGCAAUCGUAACUCAUGGCGUAUUUUCUGGUCAGGCUCUCAAGAAACUCAGUGAAUCGUUAUUUGAGCUUAUUGUUUGUACGAAUACCAUUCCACAGCCCACGGAAGUGUCCAACAAUCCAAAGUUUCACAUUAUAGACGUCUGCAAUAUCUUUGCUAAAUGCAUUUGGAACAUGCACGACAGUAUUAGUGUUGAGAACGCUUUUCGUUCAGAGUCCAGCCUUCUUCACUGGCGUCUGUCACAAAAGCAAGAUCGAGAUAGUGUCUCCAGGAGCAUGAUAGAAGAGGAAUGUGAUAAUUGUUCAGAGAACGAGUGCAAUGAAAAGUCUACACAAACUACCCAAAGAGCUUUACAAGAACAAUUAAUGUAGAUUAACACAAAAGUCCAAUAAGAGCGUUUUCUCAGGGCGCACCUCACAACGUUCCUCCUCGUCGAAUGUCCAUAAGUUAAUCCUGAACCCUCAACAGCUUGCGGACUUGCGGAUCGAGAGGACGCAACACCAUUCAUAAUGUGUUCAAACUUACUUUGCCACUUGAUGGACUUCUCAUUUUGACAUCAAUGGAGCCAGGUUCCGGCAAACGACUUGCUUGGUAUCCGUAUUAAUGCCAGUGACUGUCAAUAUCUUUUGACAUUUUGCAAUUUAUCUGCUUACACAGCAGAAAUUAAUGCCACAAGUGGAAAACAUUAAAGCUUGUAAAGAGCUUGAGGUAAAAGGCAAAAGAAAAUGAAAACCCCCACGAACGAGAAAUAGAUAAUCACGAAAGGGAAAUGACGCCAUGGUUGACAUUGGAGCUCAUUUUUUCAUGUCUUUUGUUGU